UCUUUUCUUCUUUCUCUUUCCCUUCCCCCACGUGAAAAAAAGAUUUCUUUCUUAUCUUUUUUUCUUUUCUUCUUUCUCUUUCCCUUCCCCCCACGUGGAAGAAAGAUUUCUUUCUUAUCCUUUUUUCUUCUUCCUCUCUUCCCUUCGUCUUCUUCCUCCCUCUCUUCUGUGUGCCAGAUCAGUUAACAACCAAAAACAAAAAAAACCAAAAUUUCCAAAUUCGGCCCUCUCUUUUCUCUUCUCUUCUCUUCUCUUCUCUCUGUGUAUCCCCAUCUUUUCCCCCUUCAGUUUUUCUCCGACCGAUUACCACAAACCAAACACACACACAAAUCAACACAAACACACCCAACCAGUCUGGCCGACAUAUCCCAGAAAUUUCCACCUUUUCCUGUCGACAACCGGCCGAUCUUUCCAUCUUAUCCACCCAAAACCUGAAAUUUUCACCGACAAUGGACGAUUCCGUCGACUUCCAUCGAUUCCGGCGACAAAUCGACGACACGCGUGCAAGAAACUUCUUCCCCCCCCUGUCGGUGUCGGGCAGGGUCGACAACGGAAACUGUCGCCGACAUUUCCACCGUCUCGACGAUUUUUGCUUCCCUGAUCACUGUCACCACCCAGAGGUAGAGGAAAGAUACACCAUCGUCGUCGUCGAUCGCUCUGGUCUGACCUCUCAUUCACUGCCGUUGUCUUCGUCGCACCGCCGUCAUCUUCAUCACACCGCCGUUGUCUUCGUUACACCACUAUCGUCCAACCAUGACGAGUCUUCCAGGGAAGAGAUAGAGAGCGUAUGGAUCUUGUAGACUCCGUUGAUGAGUUUACAUGUGAAUUGACACAAAAUUUCCCUUAGCAAAGUAACGGGUAAAGCCCUUUAAUACUUACAUGUUUGUUGAAUAAAUAUUAACUAUUGAAUAUGGUUCUAAUAAUGUUAUUGUCUCGUUAUAAUAAUUGUUUUUUUGUAAUGGUGAUUGUGUCAUGUUUACACUCAAGAGCAUGGAGUUUUUACAUGCUAGAUUACCAGUGAUAUUCACACAAGAUGACAUAGAGUUCUUUAGGAGGAAAUAUGUAUAUGAGGCUUACAACAAAGAACUAAGCAUAUGAGCUGGGUGGUGAUGCAUUUUUCUUUCCUUUUGUCAUGUUUAUAGAUGCAUAUUCUUAAUUAUAUUAGACUUUUAAUUGUAAAGAUAAUGGUGGCUUAUAAUGUUCAUUUAAUGAAGAUAACAAUGUGUUAUUGAUGUAAGGAUAACUAAUUGACCUUAUAGAAAAUGAGCCAUGUUUAUUUA